ACACAAUAUAUAGUAUACAAAACAAUACCAAAAAAACUUCAGCUACUAAUCUCCAAUGGCAGAAGCAGACCAAACCAUCGAUGGAAACCUGUUAGCAGCCAAGUCCCUCGCCCACUUCGGCGUGGAGCACAUGUUCGGCGUGGUUGGAAUUCCCGUAACCUCAUUCGCCAACCGCGCCGUAUCUCUCGGAAUCCGUUUCAUCGCUUUCCACAACGAACAGUCCGCCGGAUACGCCGCCUCCGCUUACGGCUACCUCACGCACCGCCCCGGCGUGCUCCUCACGGUCUCCGGCCCCGGCUGCGUCCACGGCCUCGCUGGCCUCUCCAACGCUAUGAUCAAUACUUGGCCUAUGGUUCUCAUCUCUGGCUCUUGCGACCAAAACGACGUCGGACGAGGCGAUUUUCAAGAACUCGAUCAGAUCGAAGCCGUUAAGCCUUUCUCGAAAUUCUCAAUCAAAGCCAAACACGUGUCCGAGAUCCCUAACGCCGUCGCUCAAGUCCUCCACUGGUCCACUUCGGGUCGACCCGGCGGGUGCUAUCUGGAUCUCCCAUCGGACCUAUUACAUCAAACAGUCACAAUUGCAGAAGCCGAGAAACUCUUAUCGGCAGCCGAAACUUUCUUCAUAAACGCCACUCCCGAAACUCACGUUUCGGGUAUCGAACAAACGGUGUCGUUGCUCCGAAACGCGAAGAGGCCGUUGAUUGUGUUCGGAAAAGGCGCGGCGUAUUCUCGAGCGGAGAAUGAAUUGAAGAAACUCGUGGAGAGUACCGGAAUUCCAUUCCUUCCGACUCCGAUGGGGAAGGGGUUAAUCUCCGAUACGCACGAGCUCGCAGCCACGGCAGCGAGAUCGUUAGCGAUUGGGAAAUGCGAUGUGGCGUUUGUGAUCGGUGCGAGGUUAAAUUGGUUGCUGCAUUUCGGUGAGCCACCGAAGUGGUCGAAGGACGUGGUGUUUAUCUUAGUGGAUAUAAGCGAGGAAGAGAUAGAGUUAAGGAAAAAGAGUGUGAAUGUGGGUGCUGGUUUAGUUGGAGAUGCGAAAUGUGUAUUGGAGAGUGUGAACAAAGCUAUCAAGGAUGAGCCAUUUUGUUUGGGGAAAUCUCAUCCUUGGGUUGAGGAAUUGAAGAAGAAAGUGAAGGACAAUGUGGUCAGAUUGGAGGCGCAAUUGGCGAAGGAUGUGGUACCGUUUAAUUUCUAUACUCCGUUGAGGAUUAUAAGGGAUGCCAUAUUGGCGGUGGGGAGUCCUGCUCCGGUGGUGGUUUCUGAAGGGGCCAAUACGAUGGAUGUUGGGAGGGCGGUGUUGGUUCAGACGGAGCCGAGGACUAGGUUGGAUGCUGGGACUUGGGGGACUAUGGGGAUUGGUCUUGGUUAUUGCAUUGCGGCUGCAGUGGCCUCGCCAGGGAGGCUGGUGGUUGCGGUUGAAGGGGAUUCUGGAUUCGGGUUUAGUGCUAUGGAAGUUGAGACAUUGGUUCGAUACCAGUUGCCUGUGGUUGUAAUUGUAUUUAACAACGGUGGUGUCUAUGGUGGUGACCGGAGGAGCCCUGAAGAAAUUGAUGGGCCUCACAAACAUGAUCCUGCGCCCACUUCUUUUGUCCCCAGUGCAGCAUAUCAUACUCUAAUUGAAGCUUUUGGAGGCAAAGGUUAUCUUGUUGGGACACCUGAAGAACUCAAGUCUGCCCUUUCAGAAUCCUUCUCUGCACGGAAACCAGCUGUCAUAAAUGUUAUAAUUGAUCCUUAUGCUGGUUCGGAAAGUGGGAGGCUACAACACAAGAACUGAUGUAGGCCAUAGUUGCUUUUUUUUUUUUUCCUCAAUCUGUGCAUUGCUGGCUGCCCAGAAAGUUGUCGAUUUGUGUGCCUGAAAGAGUUUAAUAAUGUAAAGUUUCUGCCAGUAGCCAUGUACUUCUAUUUUGAUCAUAAAAUUGACGCAGACCUCAUAUAGCAUCGUGCAUACAAUUGGAACAUGUUGACAUUGGAGCAAGGAGAUGUAUAUGAUAAUGGAUUCUGUACAUAAUUUUGAACUUGCAUGUACAUGUGCUGGGGGAAAUGCUUGUUAGGGAGUUGGUAGCGGUCAAUUAAACAGGUCUUAUUGCUUGUAAUUUUACCAUAUUUCUGUGUGAGUGGAAAUAAUAUUCCCUGAUUUUCGUUCUUUUAAUGAACAGUCAGCAGUUAGUGAAAUUUUAGCCAAUGCAAGUUCAA